GAACUUGACGAGGCUUUGUUUAUGUCCUGGACUGACCAGGAAGUGAAGAGUCAACGACGUUGACGCGACUACAGAAUUAUUUAAUUAGCCAUUUGAUUAACACUGUGUUCACUGGUAGAUUCGGUCGAUCCUUGCUUUUGUCCAAGGAGGCUUAAACAGAGUAAAAGGGAUAUUGCUUGUGUCGUAACAUAGCUGCCAAUGAAAAGUAGAAGCUAUACUUGUCUGAUCUUGAUCAGUAUGGUCUCUUUAUUCUUUCUCAUGAUGGUGCUGUACGGCGUCUUUAGCCCCCAGCAGGCUGGCAUCUCCAUCCUCCGACAGGACUACCAGCUGUUGGGCAGGCCAUUGUACAAACUGGACCUGAACUGGCCUAAAAACCCCGAACUGUUCUCUGGGAAUGUGUUUGGGGUGGCUGUCAAUCAGUAUGCUGGCGUUGUGUAUGUGGCCCAGAGAGGUGACAAUGUGCCCAAGGUGCUGGUGUUUACAACAGAAGGCGACUUCCUCAUGUACUGGAACACAACGACCUUAGAGAUGCCCCACGGUAUAUUUUUAGCCGAUGCCAUGUCAAACCCAACUGUCUGGAUCACAGAUGUGGGAAAUGGUCCGUAUGGCCACUGCAUCAAACAGUACUCACCAUCAGGGAAUCUUCUGCAGGUGCUUGGUACACCAGGAAAAGCCGGCUCUGGGCUUAAUCCUCUGCAGUUUGACCAGCCAGCUGAGAUCUCCGUCCUCGACUCCGGAGAAAUUUACAUAGUGGACGGUGACGGUGGGAUUAAUAAUCGUCUCAUCAAAUUAUCCAAAGAACAGGAAGUGUUAUGGGUGCAUGGCGAAAAGGGACAAGGACUCGCUCAGUUCUACAUCCCCCACAGUGUGACCAUUGACAACGCACAAAGGGUCUGGGUGGCGGACAGGGGGAACAAGAGGAUCCAGGUCUUCAACUCGCUUACGGGGGACUGGCUGGGAUCAUGGGGGAGCUGCUUCACUGAGGAUGCACCUUACUCUGUCCGCCUCACUCCUGACAAGAAAUACUUUGUUGUCGUCCAGCUCAACACUAACCAGAUUUCACUACUGGAGGCACCGCCGGUGGGUUUGAUUGGCCAGUGCAAGGUGAUCAGUGUGAUUCAGCUAGCUGAUGAAGUCAAGCCUCAUUUGGUUGACUUGGACCAGAAGUCUGGGGCGCUGUACGUGGCUGAGAUUGGUGCCCAGCAGGCACAGAAGUUCACCCCCUUCAGCCUCGGUGAGGCUUUUGUGUAAAACACAAAUGUCUAAGGUUCAACACAGCCUGUUUUGGGAGGAUGGUCAACCUCCACUUUGUUCCUGUAUUAUCCAAAGUCGAACAAUCAGUCAACCACUCUAAUAUCAAUAUGAUAAAAACAAAAUAGCUUCAACACUCUCCCAUAACAAAUGAAUCUGUAUGAAAACUAGAGUUGCUGAUCAAAUUAUUUUUAAAAUAUUCUUCAUUGUGGCACAAGUGUAAAAAGUUAUAGUACUGUGAAUUCGCCACCCGUUACUGUGAAGUCUCCAGAUGUAUUCGAGACCGCAAAACUUUUUCCAGGGCUCUUUUACCCUGACAGAUACCACACACACCGUCGAGUAACUGUUAAUGUAAAUAAAUGUCCAUUUGCAGCAUGAAAUUAAUUAUAUUCUCUUUGUGAGAGGCAUCAAGCAGGUGUGGUUUACUUAUUGUUCUUCGGCUUUGUGGCGCCUGCUUUGUGGACGAGAGGGAGGUGUUCGAUCGGGUCCCUCAGAGAGUCCUGGCUACCUGAACCCUUGAUACCGCGUGUUGGUAUGACCAUUUUUGGGAGAAGGGUUGAUUUGCAUUGCUGUAAAUGAGUCAGAUCCAUUUUCAGUAAGUGCUGAACUCCGCCAAAGCUGCCCUUUAACCCUUGCAUGCACCCUGUAAACUGAUAACAUGAUAAGCUGUCCACUGUCGUAACCGCUGUCCCUGAAAGGGUUCAUAACUUGGGGUCUUCACAAGUUAUUGAAGAAGAAAAGUUGAGUGAAAGAUUGACAGGUGGAUUGGUGCAGCGUCUGCAGGGAUACAGCUUGGUGGAGCCAUGGUGGCAGCCAGCCGGUUGGAUUUUGCUUACGCUUAAAUUUCUGGCAAUUGUUUUGGUGUAAUGUUUUUAUGUGGACUUGAAAAAGGUUGCUUGGCACUACAAGCACAUCUAUGUGUUGUAUAUGAGUUGUUUGCUCAUGCUUUUUGAAAAUAAAAAGUAACUUGUAA